CUACCCCGUCACCACCCGGUCGCUCCACCCCUCCCUGCGGGAGUCACUUCCGUCCACCGUGGGGCACCAUCCCCAAACCUCCGGGCUUGCCUUACCCAGGACGGCAGCCCCUCCUUCUCCACCUGCCACUCCCGCUGGUAGCCGAUGCCAGCCAUGACUCGGUUGCGGAGCUAAACCCCCGGUGCCUGACUCUUGUACCCCAGAGUCGCACUCCCACCUGCGCAGUCCCCCCCAGAGUCAGACCCUGCACUGGCUGCGAAGUCACACUUUCCUGUUUCAACUUUGUGUCUGGCCAAAUGCCAUCCAGUUUGGCUCAUCUGGCUUGUCUGCCAGGCGGAUAAAAGCAACGGGAAAGCCUCCAGUAGGGCUCAGCACUGUCGCUCCGUGUGGCUUACCUGGUAUUUAAUCUCCCUGCUCCCACUCCCUCUGUUCACAACCAAUUUCGCCAUGUCUGUUCAGUUGUCCUCGCCCUUGCCCCAGGCCCAUGUCACCACCACACUUACCGAUGUCACUGACAAGCUUCCCAUGAAGCCACCCUGCCGCAUCCUCUUGAAGAACGAGAUGGAGCAGCCCUCGGGCAGCUUCAAGUUGAGAGGCAUCGGCAACCUCAUCCACAAGUCCAUCAUGGAGGCCACCGCCAGCUCCACCAACGAGAUCCAGGUGUUUGCGUCCAGUGGCGGCAACGCUGGCUUGGCUGCCGCCUACCUGGCGUGGUUUUAUAACGUCAAAUGCACCGUGGUGUUGCCAGUCCACUCCAAGCCUGUUGUGCAACGGAUGCUUCUCAAAUUCAAUGCCAAAAUCGUGCUCUUUGGCAACUCCAUCAACGAAGCCGACCAGCACUUGCGCAACCUCAUGACGUCCUUGGACACCUCUACCACCACCCCCAUCUACUGCCAUCCAUUCAGCCACCCAUUGGUGUGGCAGGGCCACUCCACCUUGGUGGACGAAGUGGUGCAACAGCUCCUGGCGCCUGAGGUUGCAAAAAUUCGCGCCAUGGUGUGCUCGUGUGGAGGAGGCGGACUCUACAACGGCAUCUACCAAGGCAUGGUACGGAACAAUAUCACCAACCUGGACAUCUUGUUGAUCGAAACCAACCAGGCACCCACGUUGGCCGAGUCGCUCAAGGCCGACAAGCUCAUCACCCUCAACUCGGUCAACUCGUUGGCCACCUCACUCGCAUGCUCCUACACAACGCAACAGACCUUGCUGAACUACAAGGACACCUCGGUGGUGUCAACCAAGUUGGAGCUCAUUGACGACUUGGACGCCAUCCGUGCAUGUGUGGACUUCGAGCGAGACUUUGGCAAGGUCGUGGAGCCUGCGUGCGGGGCUGCGUUGUCUAUUCUCUAUAGCAAGAUCAACUUGCUCUACAAGAACUUUGGCCACCUUAAGGAAGAUGACAUCGUGGUUUUGGUGGCUUGCGGAGGCUCGUGCACCACUGCUGAAGACAUAGGUGGCUUCAAGCAGAUGUUGAACAGAAACGACAACAGGUUGUGAGUUUUCAUAGUCCAACACAGAGAACGGUGGUUCGGCCAUCUUAUAAUUUUAAUAAAUGGAUAUCGAUAGAAUUGGCAUGUAGAUGGUCUCAGUAGAAUUGAUGAGGGGUUUCUAUUUAAUCGAGUUUCAAUAGAAUUGCACAUUGAGCUGUUUUAUUGGACCAAGUGAAUAUUAAUAGAAUAGAUAUUGUAGAUUAUGUGGAACAGGUUAAGCAUAUAGUAAUUCUAACGUGUG